CAUGGAUCGGCACGGCGAUUAAGAGGGAAACGUCUAAAACAGAGCAGUUACGCAUAUAUUGGAUCACAUUUAAGUUGGCAAAAUGACUGCCAUCAAGCAUGCUCUGCAGCGAGACAUUUUCACUCCAAAUGAUGAGCGUCUGCUCAGUAUUGUCAACGUCUGUAAGGCAGGGAAGAAGAAGAAGAACUGCUUCCUCUGUGCCACAGUGACCACUGAGCGACCUGUUCAGGUAAAAGUGGUGAAAGUGAAGAAGUCAGACAAAGGGGAUUUUUACAAGCGCCAGAUGGCCUGGGAACUCAGAGACCUUACUGAGGUGGAUGCUAAAGAUGCAAAUAAGGAGAAUCCAGAGUUUGACUUACAUUUUGAGAAGGUAUAUCGCUGGGUUGCAAGCAGCACAGCUGAGAAGAAUGCCUUCAUUUCCUGUAUCUGGAAGCUCAAUCAGCGCUACCUAAGGAAGAAGGUGGAGUUUGUCAAUGUCAGCUCCCAACUGCUGGAAGAGUCAGUGCCCAGCGGUGAGAGUCAGAGUGUUGCCGGGGGCGACGAGGAUGCUCUGGACGACUACCAGGAGCUGAACGCUCGCGAGGAGCAGGAUAUCGAAAGCAUGAUGGAAGUGUGUGAAUACGCCAUCUCCAACGCUGAAGCCUUCGCUGAAAAACUUUCCCGUGAGCUGCAGGUCCUCGAUGGGGCAAACAUCCAGUCGAUCAUGGCGUCAGAAAAGCAGGUGAAUAUCCUGAUGCAGUUGCUGGAUGAGGCACUGGCUGAGGUGGAUACCAUAGAGGGAAAGCUGUGUAGCUAUGAGGAGAUGCUUCAGAGCGUUAAGGAACAGAUGGACCAGAUCUCCCAGAGCAACCGUCUCAUUCAGAUCAGCAACACCAACAACGGCAAAUUACUGGACGAGAUCCAGUUUCUGGUGAAUUACAUGGACCUGUCUAAAGGACACAUCAGAGCCCUGCAGGAGGGAGACCUUACCUCCCCUAAAGGCAUUGAGGCUUGUAUUAAUGCAGCUGAAGCUCUGCUACAGUGCAUGAAUGUAGCUCUCAGACCAGGACAUGACAAACUGUUGGCAGUGAGACAACAGCAGAAUUUGUUUGCUGAGCUGAGAGACAUGUUUGCACGACGUCUGACUAACCAUCUCAACAACGUAUUUGUCCACCAGGGUCAUGAUCAGAGCUCCACUCUGGCUCAGCACACAGCAGAGCUGACCCUGCCCAAACACAGCCCACUGCACAGAGACCUGCUCCGCUACGCCAAGCUCAUGGAGUGGCUCAAAAACACGCAGAGAGAAAAGUACGAGGGUCUCUCAAGGACCUAUGUGGAUUACAUGGCAAGAUUAUAUGAAAGAGAAAUUAAAGAUUUCUUUGAGAUGGCAAAAAUCAAAAUGGCAGGCACUACCAAGGAGGGGAAAGGAAAGUUCGCAACGCUUCCACGGAAAGAGAGUGCUCUCAAACAAGAGACGGAAAGUCUGCACGGCAGCUCAGGAAAGCUGACUGGCUCCACCUCCAGCCUGAAUAAGCUGGCCGUGGGCGGGUCCAGCAGCAGACGCUCCCAGUCCUCCUCCUUGCUGGACAUGGGCAACAUGUCUGCCUCCGACCUGGACGUGGCAGACCGGACCAAGUUUGACAAGAUCUUUGAGCAGGUCCUCAGCGAGUUGGAGCCUUCGUGUUUGGCAGAACAAGACUUCAUCAUCAAGUUUUUCAAACUUCAACAAAAUCCCACCCCAGCACAGGGAGAGGGGGAAGAUUCAGAUGGACCUGUUAAAACCAGACCCUCGACCAAUGAGCACAGACACUCCAUAUCAUCAGAGAAGGACAUGGUUCGACUGAUGAUGAAUAAAAUCUUCCAGAGUAUUGAGACAGAGCUGAACAGCCUCAUCGCUCUGGGAGACAAGAUUGACAGUUUUCACUCUCUGUACAUGCUGGUGAAGAUGAGUCACCAUGUGUGGACAGCCGAGAAUGUGGACCCGGCCUCCUACCUUAGCACCACUCUAGGAAACGUGCUGGUUACAGUCAAGAGAAACUUUGAUAAGUGCAUUUCUGGUCAGAUCAAGCAGAUGGAGGAGGUGAAGAUUUCGAAGAAGAGUAAGGUGGGUAUCCUGCCCUUUGUCACUGGCUUUGAGGAGUUCGCGGAGCUGGCAGAGACCAUAUUCCGGAAUGCGGAACGGCGAGGAGACCUGGACAAGGCCUACGUUAAGCUCAUCAGAGCAGUCUUCAUGAACGUGGAGAAAGUGGCCAGUGAGAGUCAGAAGACACCGCGGGACGUUGUGAUGAUGGAGAACUUUCACCACAUCUUCUCCACUCUGUCACGUCUCAAGAUCUCGUGCCUGGAGGCCGAGCGCCGUGAGGCCAAACACAAAUACACUGAUCAUUUACAGGCCUAUGUCAUCAACUCCCUGGGCCAGCCACUGGAGAAACUCAACCACUUCUUUGAGGGGGUGGAAGCUCGCGUGGCCCAGGGUGUACGAGAAGAGGAGGUGAGUUACCAGCUGGCGUUCAACAAACAAGAGCUACGCAAAGUCAUCAAAGAGUAUCCAGGCAAGGAGGUGAAGAAAGGCUUGGACAACUUGUACAAGAAAGUGGACAAGCAUUUGUGUGAAGAGGAAAGUCUGCUACAGGUGGUUUGGCACUCCAUGCAGGAUGAGUUCAUCCGACAGUACAAACACUUUGAGGGUCUGAUUGGUCGCUGCUACCCAGGCUCUGGGAUCACCAUGGACUUCACUAUCCAGGACAUACUGGAGUAUUUCUCCAGCAUAGCCCAGUCCCACUAAAACCAAACACAUGUGUGUUCACAGAUAAACUCUACAGUGACAGUCACUACACAGUCACAGUUGCACAGACCAGUUAGAGACAGUGAGAGCUGAAAAGCUUUAAUAAAAAGCUCUUUACUACAUUCAUUAUCAUGACAUUAUUAAACCCAUAUAGCUACAGACAACCAAACUAAACUCCACUCUUGGGCAGUAUGACUCAAUGUUACGCGCAAUUAAAUGAAUGAACCACAAAGGGAAAGAGCAAGUCAGAGAUUGAGAAUGUCUGUGCCUAACCCCGUUUGCACAAUGUCACAUUGUUACUGAUUGUCUUGGAAUUUCACGUGGGUGGUUAAAUCUCUGUGUAUGUUUGUUAUUCAUUGUUUGUUUUUUUUCCUACU